AUGGUUGUAUCACCUAGUCAUCAUAUUUGGAACGAAGCUUUAGUGGAUGUAAAUCCUCUUCUGGAAUCUAUGGAUGGAAAUUUUAUAAAAGAAAUAUCUCAAGAUUCAACCUUAUUAGCAGUUCUUGCACCUUGGAAAUACACACCAUUCAUGUGCAGAUAUUGUUUUGAAUCAGAGGAAUUCAAAAAGAUCUUAAACUACCCAAAAGAUUUUUUUGAUCUUUUAGUAUUCGAUGUUACUUUCGCGCACUGUUUCUUUCCUCUAAUCGAUUAUUUCGGGAAACCACCAGUAAUUGGAAUCACAGCUUUUGGAAUGCAACCUUACAUAAGCGAUAUAAUCGGACAAAGAAUAGAAUCUUACUCACCAUAUUAUAAUUUACCUUACACAAACAAAAUGACGUUUUUUGAGAGAUUUUAUAGCGUGAUUCAUCAAAAAGUUGAACUUUUAAGUAAAUGGUAUUAUUUAGAAGAAGUUACUGAAGAAUCGAAAAGAUUUUUUGGUAAAAACAUUCUCAAUUUAGAUGAAUACGAAAAAAGUAUUUCUUUAAUAUUUAGUAACGACGAUCCAAUAAUGGAUUAUCCGAAAGCUUUCCCGCCUAAUGUAAUCCCCAUCGGCGGGGUUCAUUUAAAAGAACCUAAAAAGCUCGAAGGUGAUCUCCAAAAAAUUAUGGACGAUUCUAAAAAUGGAGUGAUUUUAGUUUCGAUGGGUUCUAAUUUUAAAGCCGAUCAUUACAGUGAUGAUGUUAAAUCAGCCUUAAUCGAAGCGUUCUCUAGGUUAAAAUUAACAAUUUUAUGGAAAUUUGAAGAUGAAUUAAAAGUUUCGAAAAAUGUUUAUUUAAGAAGAUGGCUCCCUCAAAGAGAUAUUUUAGCCCAUCCAAACACAAAACUUUUUAUAACUCAUUGUGGUGGACUUAGUACUCAAGAAACUAUCGUUAGAGGCGUCCCGGUUGUUGGUAUUCCUUUAUUUAUGGAUCAAUACAAUAAAGCAGCUAAAUUUAAAGCGACAAAAAGUGGGAUAAUUUUGAAAUAUUCCGAAUUAACUGCCGAUAUUAUUUUCGAUGGUGUUAACGAAGUUUUAUCGAAUCCAGAAUAUAAGGAGAAUAUGAUGAGGUUGUCAAAUUUGUAUAAAAAUCAACCGCAAAAACCGAUUGAUAAAUUUUUGAUUUGGGUUGAUUACGUUUUGAAAAAUGGUCAUUUGGAUCAUCUUUCGGUUUCAGCGAGGUAUAUGAAGUGGUACCAAGUAGAUAAUUGGGAUAUUUUCGGGUUUUGUUUAGUAAUUCUUUUUGUUACUUUGUAUGUUUUUAAGAAAGUUUGUUGUUUUGUAUCAAAAUGUUUUAAGAGAAAUAGUUCGGGGAAACAAAAAAUGCAUUAGAUUUAUUGUUAUUUAAUGUUGUAAUUUUUGUAAUAAAAAUUACAAACAU